AUGGCAGAAGGGACGAGAGGUUGUGACAGCUAUCUUGCUUUGGCUCGCUUGGCUGUAUCCACGUCAAGACUCAAGACCACCCACGACACGCGAGUGACGGACGACGCCCAUUUACGAACUUCAGCUGGCGGCGCCGUUACUGUGGCGUCCCACUCAGACAUAAACCCGCGUGCUGGUCUAGAAUCGCAUUGA